GUUUAUCUACUUUCGAGCCGGACGCGCGCGUGUAUGCUGCUGCGGUCUGCCUAAACAGCACGGGCGAUCGUUUUCCAUCACAACUCGGGACCGUACGAAACGUUUUUUUUUAAUCUGUAUACUGUAUUUUGUUGUGUUGUGAUAAGUGCAAAUCAAUCGUGUGUGAGCUUUCUUUUAGCUUUCAAACCACAAGUGUCGCGAAACCAGGUUGGGAAAUUUAGCGCGACAAGGUGUGAAAAGUCAAGCAAAGCAAAAGCGAACACCACACCCGGUCCCCGAUCGCACAUAAAACACGUAGAAUAAAUUAGGCGUAGGCCGUCUUGCAUUGCGAAAUCCCAUUUGUCGGACCCGCAAGCCGUGUGUGCACGUGCUUGUUUGUGUGUAUGUGCGUCUCCACACAGAAACGUGAAAAAGUCCCUCGCACUUUGGUGUACUUUGUUGUGUUCCGCUGCUGAUGGGACAGUUUCAUUAUUAUUGCGCGGUCUUUCGUAGUGUGCCGUGCGUGAGCGUGUGUGUUUGAAGCGUGAACGGUGUGACGGUGUGCGUGCGCGACAAAGCAGAUAAAACAUUUCAUUUCUAUGCUACGUCAAAGCAUAUUAACGAUACAGCAUACAUUUAUCAGCCGGAGCUAGGCGGAACGUGAAAAAAGAAACAGAUCCAAGUGACCUUAGCGGAAAAAAGCAAAGCGGAACAAACGCAAAUAAAGGUUCCGCACAGUGUAGUAUCUUUACAUUCGUGUGUGUGUGUGUGUGUACUCUCGCGUUAGUGCUUCAAAUUGCCUGUCAUUUCCUCUUCCCGUGUUUGUUGUGAUAUAUUUCCAUCGUCACGGAUUUGCCCUGGGCGUGAUAGAUAAAAUAUCAAUUCUGCUGCUACAAAGGCUGCUUACUUUCCAGUACGGGAACGAACACUCGUUAACCUUCAAACGCGAUUGCUUAAUGAACCCGCAAACAUAAAGAUUGCAACUUCAGCAGCCUAUGCAAGUGUGUGUGUGCGUGCGAGUGUGUAAAAACGAACAAGUGUCAGUGCAUGCUGCUUUUGUAGGGAUAGGGAAAAUACGCGAAGGUUGUUGUUUAUAUCCUACGCAAUUUGACAUUUAGUUCGUUCGUCCUAAACAAUACAGCAAACAAUUUAGCUGUUUAUCCGUGGCGUAAAGUUAGUGUGUCGUGCCGUUUUUUGUGCCCACGGUGCAAUUUCUACAAUAAACCAAUAUCCGACCCAUUUGAGCAAGAUGCGAAAUAACGUGCUGAACAGUAAGCACACCAACAACAACACGAUGGAAUCGUUCUACGAAGACAAUAAUGCCCAGUUCGUACCGUCCACCACGAACGGUGUAACGACGGGCAACGGUAACGGGUUGAAGCGGCCUGCUACGCUCGAGCUAAACCUAGCGCCGGGGAAGGCACGGAAAACACGCUACAAUGCAUCGGUCACGAUGCCAUCGGUGUUACCAUCGCCGGACAUGCAGAUGCUGAAGCUGGUAUCGCCGGAGCUGGAGAAAAUCAUUAGCACCAAUGCGACCUUACCCACGCCGACACCCGGUGCCAUCAUCUUUCCACCAUCGGCAACAUCCGAGCAGCAGCAGUUUGCCAAGGGCUUCGAGGAUGCGCUGCUGUCAAUCCACAAGAAGGACACGACCAGCAAGCUGAACACGAACAACAACAAUAACAGCAGUACGAGCAAUAAUAACAAUAGCAACAGUGCGAAUAUUGGUGGCGCACCGGUCGAGCGGCUUUGUCCUACCACGGCCACUACAACGACCGUUGUAACGGCAGGAGUAACGGCAAACAAUCUCGCAAGCACGGUUCUAUCAUCCGGCCACAACAAUGGUAUGAGCGGUGGAGAAAUGACGUACACAAACUUGGAUUAUCCUGGAGUUGUGAAGGAGGAACCGCAGGCUACCUCCAGCAACCAAUCGCCCCCAGUUAGUCCGAUCGAUAUGGAAUCGCAGGAGCGCAUCAAGCUGGAAAGGAAACGGUUGCGAAACCGGGUCGCUGCCUCCAAAUGUCGCCGGCGGAAGCUGGAACGUAUCUCCAAGCUGGAGGACCGUGUGAAGGAACUGAAAGCCCAAAAUUCCGACCUGGGUGGUGUGGUGUGCAGUCUCAAGCAGCACAUAUUCCAGCUGAAGCAGCAGGUGAUCGAGCAUCACAAUUCUGGCUGUACGAUCACGCUGGUCGGCAAGUUUUGAGCGAUCGAUGAAGAACGUGCUUUCCCUUUACGCUUUUAGCUGGCAUCGAAAGCGUUAAAGAACUGUUCCUGGCAAAGGGUGGCAAACAAAAUAACACAAAUUAUCCACGUGCGCGGGACGUCGCGAAGUAAUAACCACCAGUCGGGAUCGGUUCCAAUUUCGUUCAUGUAAAACAAGCAGUUACAAGCAGCAAGCCAUUAGCGUAACAAAGCGAAACAAAACUGCACACGAACAAAGCUUAUUGCCAUUGUGAAACACAGAAAUGCCUUAUCGUAUUAGAAUUGAUAACCGUACGUGCAGGGGUUGUUGCUUUUCGGCGACUAUAGGGCCACGAAGAAGCGGUAGAAUGGAAGAAAUAAGAGACAGGAGAGAAAGAGAGAAACCGAAGACCAUAAACCUGUCGUACUAUAAGUUUGCAAAAGAAAAAGAAAAAAACGGUGGAAAAAUCUAGUGUUAACCAAUUACUAUGUUAUUCAACAAAUAAGUUUUGUGCAAAAAAAAAACAAAGGAACAAACACGUUCGGUUUAGGGAUUAGCACUAAGUUCGUUAAGGUCCCCAUUGUCCCCUUCGGUAGGUGUUUUUUUUAGCAGUAGCAGUAACAGAGUCAGAGUUUUUGUUUCUGUUUUAAAUGUUAGGGUUUCGUUUAAAACAACAAGUGCUUCUAGUCGUUCGAUUGAGCUUUUCGUACACGGUGUAACACGUUCGAUUCGAAUUUUGGCAGUGCGAAGGUUGCAAGUGCAUCUGCAAUGCUAGUGUCAUAUGUUAGUUUUUAUAUGUUUCGUUUGUUUUGUUUUUUUUUUCUUUUAAAUAGAGGUUUUAUUAAGAUGAUCGCUUAUUCGCUUCCCAGGUGAUAAUAUGUGUACGUGUGUCAUUACAGCAAAGGAUGAUUCCCUGUCUCGCUUCCCAGUUUAAUGUGUGUUUUUUUUUAAAUAAUGUUCUACAAAACAAAAUAACAACUUACAGCCAGUUUCCAUUUUAAACCACCUUUAACCGACACGUGUCAGGUCUCUUGUAAGGGUAGUAGGCUUUUUUGUACAUGUCACGUUAAUUUCUUCCUUAAUUUAUCUGCUUGAGUGAGUGAGGUUAGUAAAGCAGCUAGUUUUAGUCGAUAUGCCAUACAUGCAAGGAACGUUUCCCAAUUGAAGCAAUUUUAGUGUAAAGCAUCAUGUUAGACACGGAACAAAAUUAUCCACCGGAAGAUAGAUUCGCCGGCGGCACGCAUGCUUUUCGUUCGAUUCUCAAAACAUAAAAGUUUCUUAUCUGUAUAUUUUAAUAAGGUGCGUGCAAUGUAUUUGUAUAUAACUGUAUUGUCGGUAAACGACGACAGCAGCAAGAAGGAAGUCACAAUGUGUGCCAGCGUGAGAAGCCAGGAGCGUAGAAUGCUAAUUAAUACGAGAUGAUACAAAACAAAAGGAAAAUGAUGCAAUUUCGUGCAAACUUUUUUUUUCGCGGUAAGCUUGUGCAAAAAAGCUGCAUCAGCAACAGCACCAUGUGCUAGCA